GUUUGGCCUCACUGUCGUCCACUGCGUUUGGACACGUUCCAUCCCCAGCGUAUGCCGUACGGGUCUCAAGUAACUACAAGCCCAGCGACUAUGAUUACAUUGUCAGUGAUAAUAAAGUGAUUUUUUUGUACACCGUGCACUCGCUACCAUUGAAGUUUACUUGUUGAUUACAUUAUUAUUUUUUUUAAUCUACAAAUUUGUGUUUAUGUUUUUGCUAUUAUAUUUGUGUAUUUUUGAUACUUAUUUAUUAAUUAUUUUUGUAUUAUCGUGUUGUUCGUCGUCAUCGUCAUUGUUGCCGCUGUAUUUGUCAUUCGUUUUUUCUUCGUUAAUGAGUCGCGCGAAAAACACACAUAGACAUACCUACAAAAACGGGAACAAAAUUUUUGUAAACUUAUGUGAAAGCGGUUUACUAUCUCCAAAAAAUCUCUGAAUGACAGGAUAAUAUCUGUUCUUUGAAUGCUCUUUCUGCGAAUACUAAUGAUAAGGCAAUCAUCAUGUAGAUAUGUACUGGGUGCUAGUAGAAGCUCUUGGUGUCAAGAGUGGAACUUAGCUUGUCAGCGCAAUGGACGGUACGGUCGCAGAUACGCUUAAAGAGAGAUCUGCCGAACCUCAACUUUCAGUUGCUGAGUCUCUGGAUUCUUCUUUAACUCUACCAGCUACAACUACUCUAACUGUUUUAGUAGUUAAAGAUGAAAGAGGAUAUGGUAUGAAAGUAUCUGGUGAUAACCCAGUAUUUGUUCAGUCGGUAAAAUUAAGUGGUGCAGCUGAAAAAGCAGGUUUACAUAGUGGUGACAAAAUAAUAAAAGUCAAUGGUAUUAAUGUCACACAUUCAACUCAUACUGAAGUCGUCGAACUUAUAAAAUCUUCCUCUCAAGUAGAAUUAACUGUGCAAAAAAGACCUGUGUUUAUUAAUCCACCUAAUACUAACUUAACAUUACCUCAUUUACCUUUGCAAACAAUGAAUUCUACUACUAUUACUUCGCCAAGUUCUACAGUUUCACCCUCAAGGCCUUUACAUCAUCAUCACUCGGCACCUGCUCGUGAUAGAAUAACAGGACCUCAACCUGUCGAUGUGGAACAAAUGAGGCAUGUUGAACUAGAACGUUGGCAAACAUUUCGCCUUAUGCUGGAAAAAGAGCAAAGGUAUGUAGAGGCAUUAAAAAAGGAAUUACAAAGAACUUCAAGUGUAACAGGUGGAGAAAACUACAAGUUGAAAAGGGAAUUAACAGGAGCAGAGCGACGUGUUAAAACAUUACAAGAUCAACUUACAACAUUUAAUGAAAUACCGCUUUGUAAUAUUGUUGCACAAACAUCUUCACUUCAGCCUCCUCCACUACCACCAAGAAACCCACCACCUCUACCUCCUAGAAAUCCAUCAGCCCCUCCAAUUAGUGAUAAGCAGUCAAAUAAUUCAAAUAACACCGGUGUAAAUAUAAAAGAAACUGAUUCUCCUAAUUUAUCGCUCUGUCAUCAACGGACAAAAUCAAAUCCAGAUCAGUUGGGUGAAGGUAAACCAGUCAAUAAUAAAAAAUUAAGUUUAUCCGAGUCUUUCAAUGACUUACAUUUAGUUAAACAUUCAAAAGGUGGUUUGGCUUGGGAUGUUGUUUCACCUCCACGUCAAAAUUCUCCUAACCGAUCUCCUGAUGAUAUACUGCCUAUUGAUAAAAUCUUAGAUACUACUAAACUAGGAAUAGGUAAUCAAAGUUUAGUUGAAUCAGUUGAUUGUACAGAUACAAAAUUAUCCCAGACCCCUAUAAUAUCAAUGGAGGAUGAUGAUGUUUCUGACCAGGAAUCUAGUCACUUAGAAGAACAUGGCCCAUUUAAAAGUUUCACAAAAUUGGUGGAACAUAAUGCACAUCUUGCAGUAUUUUUAAAUUAUGUUAUAUCAAAUAGUGAUCCUUCAGCUUUACUUUUCUAUUUAGUAACUAACUUAUACAAAGAAGGUAAUGCCAAAGAAAUGAAAAAAUGGGCUUAUGAAAUUCAUUCUAGUUUUCUUGUACCAUGUGCACCAUUAAGACUUACAAAUAUUGAGGAUAAUAUUGUUCGUGAAAUUGAUGAUAUUCUUCAAAAUGACUCUGAUCGAGAAGAAAUAUUGCGUAAAGUAUUUUGGAAAGCUCGGACAAAAGCUAAAGAAGAGUUGAAUGAUCAACUAAGUGAUUUUCGACAUAGGAGAACAGCCGGCCUUGGUACAUUAUUUGGUCCACCUGAUUCACAACUUGAUGAUAGUAUUAAUGAUAAAAUGAAAGAAUUAAAAAUUAUCGAGAUGAUACUUGUUCCAAACAUGGAGCCAUUUAUAGAAGAUAUGGAAAAAGAUAUUGUAGAUGAUAGAAGGUUUACUAUGGCUGCUGCACUAGCUACAGUUAUGUCUAAAAUAUUUGGUCUUCGAGGUACACAAUUUAGUUCUCUUUUAGAACGUUGUCCUACUUUUGUUUCAAAAGAAAAAUCUUUAAAAGCCAAAUUAAUUGGAAAAUGUAGAAAGUUCACUACUAAAGGACAUCAUUUUGUUGCUCAUCAGUAUUUUACUGUGACCUAUUGUAAUCAUUGUCAAUUAAUUAUUUGGGGUAUAGGACCACAAGGUUAUCAAUGCACUAAUUGCAUCCUGAAUAUUCAUAGAGUUUGUGUAAAAGUACUGGAAGAAAAUUGUCCUGGUCCAAUAGUUAAAAAAGAUAGAGCAAAUGAUCGUAUUAGUAAACUUAUGGACAAAAUUAGACCAGAACGUGAAGCUAGGAGGAAACCAACUUUAACAAAUUUUGUCCAAAUGGAAAAAUCAAAACGACAAAUGGAGGAUGCUGGUGAUGUAGUUGGAGCACUUCCCGAAAAAGAUCUAGAUAGAACAAGUUUAAGUGGAAGUAGCUUUCAAAUUAGAGCUGAUGAUAGUUUUAAGUCUGAAAAAGGUGAUACAAGUAUUGUUGACAUAUCACAAUGUUCAAAAACAAAACCUGCAUCAAUUAAUCGAUCAGAGAGCUAUAAAGAAAGAAUUCAUCAAAAGCGACAAAUUCGUGAAAGAAGAAAAACUAGUGAUCCCAAUCUUCCUUCUAAGUUCAAAAGUGAUGUAGAUCAUGAUAUGCAGUUUUCAUUUAGUCGUUCUGAUAGUUCAUCAAAUUCCAAUCUAUCAACAAAAAGUUUAGAUAGUCGAAGUACAUCUGUAGAAGGUAUUGGUCCGGGUGGAGAAGUUACAUCAUGUUUAGAUAGUGAUUCAGAUCACGAACUUGAUCUACCUGAUUGGGCAAGUAAUGUUCCAUCUGAAAUUUUAAAUAAAUUGUCACCUAAAGAGAAAAAACGACAAGAAAUCAUCAAUGAGCUUUAUCAUACAGAAAGAUCUCAUAUCAGAGGAUUAAAAGUAUUAGAGCAUGUUUUCCAUCGUCCUAUGAGAGAAUUACAAAUAUUACCACCUGAUCAGCUUCAAUUGCUCUUUGCAAACCUUGAGCAAAUGUAUGAACUACAUUCACAGUUUAGUACUACUGUGAAAGCUGUUAGAAAAGAUAAUCAAGUUGUUCAAAAUAUUGGCCAUGUUUUAUUAAAUACUUUUGAUGGAUUAGCCGGUGAAACAUUUCAAAAAGCUGCUGCCACAUUUUGUGCUCGUCAACAAAUAGCUCUUGAGUCUUUAAAAGAGAAAAGAAAAAAAGACACUAAGCUCAAUAUAUUUUUAACUGAAGCAGAAGGAAAUCCAGUCUGUAAACGUCUUCAACUAAAAGACAUAUUACCUACAGGGAUGAUUAGGUUAACCAAAUAUCCAUUGUUGUUUGAGAGCUUAGUAAAGUGUACUACCAGUGAAGAAGAAUUGGCAAAUGUCAAGAGAGCUUUUGAAAGAAGUAAAAUUAUUUUAAAUCAUGUUAAUCAAGCAGUGCGUGAAGCUGAAGAUGAACUACGUUUAUUUGGUAUACAGAAGAAAUUGGAUGCAACACCAUUUGAAAAAGUUGAUCAUCCUCUUAGUGUUGAAUAUAAGAAUUUGGAUGUUACCAAACACAAACUUAUUCAUGAAGGUGGCUUGUGGUUGAGAAUUGGAGGUACUCGUCAAAAAAUGAUUGAGCUACAUGUUUUAUUAUUGGAAGAUUUAAUUAUUUUAUUAAAUAAAGUUGAUGACAAAUAUGUAUUAAAGUAUUAUGGAUUUCAAGAUCGUACUCCAACAUUAAGUCCAAUCAUUAAGAUGUCAACUGCUCUAGUGAGACACAAUGCUGUUGAUAAAAAAGCUAUGUUCUUAGUGAAUACUUCUCAAGCAGGUGCUCAGAUUUAUGAUUUAGUUACAACAUCGUCAAGUGAACGAAAAACAUGGUUUCGUCAUAUUUCUGAAGCAACUGAUGCUUAUAAAGCUCGAGAAGGUAAAAUGAGAAAACAAGAACAAAAUCCUCAUACUGUUGAUUAUGAAGAUAUAAUACAGGGUACUAAAAAAAAAUCGCUAAUAGAUAAUGGCGCUGAACUACCUUCUAAUACAACUGUUAAUUUAUCUACAUCAUUAGAAUCAACCAACUGUAAUAAUACUAAAAAUGACAAUGAAGAUAGUUUCAUAAAAAAUGAUGAAAACACAUUUGCAAACAGUACUCCAGUAAUAACUAAAACUCAAAAGUCUCCAUUAAUAGAGCCUUCUGAAGUAAUGAUAUCACAAAGUUCUGUUCUUAAAGCUGAACCUGUUCUCACCCACUUAGAAAAAUUGCGACGAAAUAAUAAAGUAAUUGAAGAAGCAUUACAUGAGCGCUUACAAUUAGUUGCUGAUAUAUUAAAAGUACCUUUAAUUAACUCCAAUUUGACUUCAGGACAAUAUAAAUCUUCUGAUGAACCAAAUGAAAUUUUAUUAUCGGCUGUAACUCAGGGUAAUGAAAUUAUUACAGCAUUGAAUGAAUCUAUGAAUAUGACAGAUAUAGAUACCAUUGCAGCUAGUUUAGGUUCUUCAAAUUUAACAUCUAACUGUAGCUUUUAUAAAGCUUAUGCUACACAAUUAUCUCGUCUUACAAAAGUAAAACCCAUUGUAACUUCAUUAAACUCUCAGAUAACUGAAUUAUUGAUAUCUACUACCAAACAUGGUAAAUUAGAAGAAGAAUUGAGAAAAGAACUUCAAACAUAUCGAGAAAGACUGCAUGCUUUUCAAGAAAAAUCAUUAUCAACUUCAAAUGUUGAGAAUGGAGAUUCUGAAAGUAAUUCUAUUAAUAAUGCUGAAAACAAAAAUGGCUCAUCAUUGGAGGUAUAAUUUUUAUUGUUUUCAAUAAUACACAGUGUCGUUCUUUUGGUAUAUCAUAAUGAACCAUCUAUGUCAUUUGUUCAACUGAAGACCUAUAUAUUUUUAAUAUCUUUAAAGUUUAAAUUAAAUGUAAAUAUUAUAAUUUAGUUGUUUAAUUUAAAUAAUAGGGCUUUUCAAAAAAUCACUAACAGUAAAAAAAUAAUUGUUUUAUUUUUUAAACUUUAUUUUAUGUUCCGCAUUAUUUUUGUAAUUUUUUUAAGACUGUGUAUAUUAGAAUAUUUAAAGUAA